AAAACCGCCCCACCAACGGAAAUGUCCCCAUCAUAUAUAAAUAUCACAACAUUCCAAAUAAAUUGGACAUUACUACAAAAUGAUAACAUUGAUAAGAAUAUGGGUAGUUACUACUUAAGCAGCUUUUGUUAGGCCGACACCAUUACUAUAACAAUUUUUUCUUGCUGACAAAAUUAUUCCCUAAUCUUUAAUUUUAAAAAAAACAACAAAUCACAGGCAAGCUGAUUCUUGCUCGCAUGAUCCAUGAAAAAUUCUACCAAAAAAAAACACACAUUCCAACAGAACAUAACACUAAACUCAAAUUCUAAAUCAGCAAGCUUACCAAAAUGUUUCUUCUGUUCCUUGGUUAUGUUCUGCUCCUUGUCCCAAUCCCAUCUGCAUCGCAGCCUCAAGCUGCGCUGCAGCUUCUCCGGUUUCGAAACAGUCUGGCAGAGACUUCUAGGUCUCUCCUGCAAUGGAACCAUACCACCUCACCUUCUGCUCACUGCAACUGGCCUGGUGUUACUUGCUACUCAAAUGAAACAGAUUUUCGUGUCAAGUCACUGGUUGUGACUAAAUUCGGCCUCUCGGGGGUUCUGGUGGAUUCGUUUCCAUAUCUGUGUCAGAUUCCUGAUCUGACCACUCUUGAUCUCAGUGCAAACAAUUUCAGUGGAAGUGUUCCUGCUGUGGUUGGCAACUGCAGUAAGCUUAUCGAGCUUUUUCUCUACAACAAUAGCCUGUCGGGGCCACUUCCACCCGAUAUUUUCACACCGGGGCAGCUGCAACGUCUUGAUUUGGGCCUCAACCAACUAUCUGGCAUGAUUCCACCUGAGGUAGGCCAAUGCAAAAACCUUAUAUCUCUUGCCUUGGAUCUAAAUUUCUUGAACGGUGGAGUUCCAAGUGAACUGUUAUCUAUUCCGAGUUUGAGUGAAGUUUACUUGAGUGGGAAUAAUUUAAAUGGAAGCUUGCCUGAUUUUCCAUCCAAUUGCUCGCUUGUUAAACUCCAACUGCCUAAAAAUUCAUUCCAUGGCCCAUUACCACCGUCCAUAGGCAACUGUCGUCAGCUCAAAUUCCUGGAUGCAUCGGAAAACGAUCUCGGAGGAGUAAUACCGCAGGAUUUCUUCAAGGACCUGACUCAACUUGAGAUAGUGUACCUUAUGAGAAACAACUUUGAAGGGCAAAUUCCCAUGUCUUUGUGGAGUCUCAGAAAUUUAACAAAGCUCGUACUUGAAGGGAACAAGUUCAACGGGAGCAUUCCUGAAGAUAUCAAGCAAUGCGAUAAGCUUACUUACCUAGACUUAUCUCUCAAUGCCUUAACUGGUCAUCUACCAACUUCAGUUUCUUAUCUCAGAAACUUGGAGAAAUUGUAUCUCCAUAAUAAUACUCUCACUGCUCCACUACCUUCAGGAAUCGGAAACUGCACUUCGCUGGUCCAUGUUGCAUUUCGUUUUAAUGAAAUCAGUGGAAUUCUUCCUCCUGAGAUUUGUCGUCUCAGGCGUUUAGAGAUUCUCAUGCUGAAUUACAAUCAGAUUGAGGGUCCUAUACCACAUUGUAUAGAAAAUUUGAUCUCUCUUCGAGUGUUCAGCGUCUACUGUAAUAAAAUGACAGGCAGAAUACCAGCUGGAAUUACAAACUUGACAAACCUUACAGAUCUUGUUUUGGCUCAAAACAACUUUACAGGGGAGAUUCCAUCAGACUUGGGAAAGAAUAUGGUUCCAGGUUUAGAUAUCUUGGAUCUUACAGGAAAUCAGUUUACGGGAGAAAUUCCAAGUACCGUAUGUUCUGGCAACCGCCUCCUACGUUUGACCAUUGGUGACAACAAAUUUACUGGCGGUUUCCCCACUGAAAUCAUCAAAUGCAAGUCUCUGUACAGGUUAUUUCUCUAUAACAAUCGUUUGCAAGGAAGCAUACCGAAUGACAUGGGAAUCUCAUCCAGCAUCGCACAUUUUGAUGUUCGAGGAAACUUGUUUGAAGGAACAAUCCCAACAGUAUUUAGUUCCUGGAGGAAUCUCUCACUGAUUGAUCUUUCAGAGAAUAAGUUUUCAGGAUCAAUACCUCAGGAAUUUGGGGAGCUUCAAAAUCUGGUAACAAUGAAUAUUUCUUCAAACAGAUUGACAGGAGCAAUUCCUCCAGAGCUGAGUCAUAGUACAAACAUAGACAGACUAGACCUCAGCAAGAAUGAACUUGCGGGAGGUGUUCCACCUGAGAUCCUUUCUUCAUCAACACUGACAAUCAUUCGGCUUCAAGAGAACAAAUUGACAGGCGUGAUUCCAGACGUUUUCAUGAGCAGCCGAAGACUGCGUGAGCUCCAGCUUGGUAACAAUUUGCUUGGUGGUCAUUUUCCUUGCAGUCUGAGUAGAAUCCAAACUUUUCAGCACCUGAACCUCAGCACAAACAGGAUUUCUGGAGAAAUACCGAGUUGCAUUGGCGAUCUUAUUAAGUUGGAGAUCCUUGAUAUCUCAAUCAACAAUUUCUCAGGCGCAAUACCACCAGCCACAGACAAUAUGAGGUCACUUUAUUUUGUGAACAUAUCAUAUAAUCAACUCUCAGGCCAAAUUCCAGCUGUUUGGGCAAAGGCAUUGGAGUCGAAUCCCAGAACGACUCUAGGGAAUCCAAGACUCUGUCUAGCAUCCAUGAAAGGCGGCAACUGCAGAAGUCACAAGAAAGCACAUCCAGGAGGUCCAGUCCUAGCUGGUAUAAUAAUUGGAUCAUUUUUCUUGACAGUGUGCCUUCUUGCAGCCAUAUACGCAUUAUUAACUCGUUUUUGGCACCGUACCCCAACGUCUCCUCAUCAAACACUGCUGUACCAUCAAUCAAGCAAUGAAGAGUUACCAGAAGAUCUGAACUUUAUGGAUAUUCUUCGUGGAACUGAAGGUUGGAGUGAUAAGCAUGUGAUUGGAAGAGGUAAGCAUGGAACUGUGUAUAGAGCAGAGUCAGAGAAAUCAAAAAAGCAGUGGGCAAUUAAGAAGGUGGAUCUGAGUGAGUCAAAAUUCAACUCAGAGAUGAGAAUUUUGAACUUAGUCAGACACAGGAACAUACUUAGAAUGGGAGGUUACAGCAUCAGAAAUGGAUAUGGAUACAUUGUUACAGAAUACAUGCCUGAGGGCACUCUCUAUCAUCUACUGCACAAGAGACUACCUUGCGUAGCUUUGACCUGGGAGCAGCGAUGCCGUAUUGCUCUUGGAAUAGCUCAAGGUUUGUCCUAUCUUCACCAUGACUGUGUACCUCCAAUCAUUCACAGGGAUGUCAAAUCAGACAACAUACUGCUGGACUCGGAAUUUGAACCGAAGAUUGGAGAUUUUGGGGCAGCAAAAUUGGAUUCUGAAGUAGAUGAAAACGAAACAGAUUCUGUAAUUGUUGGAACACUUGGCUAUAUAGCACCAGAGAAUGCAUACGCAACAAGGUUGACGGAAAAAUGUGAUGUAUACAGCUAUGGAAUAAUUGUGCUGGAGCUUGUGUGCAGAAAAUUACCAGUGGAUCCCAGCUUUGACGAGGGCUUAGAUAUUGUCUCGUGGGUAAGGACGACGCUAAAAGGUUGCAACCAUCAAUAUGGGUUGUUGGAUGAAGAAAUCAAGUACUGGGAGAGGGAGGAGCAGGAAGAAGCAAUGGUGAUGGUGGAUCUUGCUUUGCAAUGCACUGAAAUGGCUCCGGAUAUGAGGCCCUCGAUGAGAGAUGUAGUGGCUUCCCUUCUUAAAUUUCCAAGCAAAUUCGAGGGGAGUGUGUGAAAUCAUUCAACCCCGUCCAUGUAAACAUUUGCUGAGGAAUUGUUUUAUCUGAAUACCUGUAAGGUUGGGGAUGAAUAAUAAAUCAAAUUAAGGCAAAAGAUGAUGUUAUAUCAGUUCAAUUGU